AUGGGUGCAUCACUUUCAAAAAAAAGGCGUGGAAAAAGAUCUUUAAGACGUGAUUUUGGCGUCAUGAGCGAGAUCAAUGUGACACCCUUGGUCGAUGUUAUGUUAGUUCUGCUUGUUAUUUUUAUGGUCACAGCUCCUUUAAUGACCGUUGGAGUGUCUGUAGAUUUACCAGAAGCCUCUGCGCCCGCAAUUAAUGAAAAUGUGGAACCUUUAACAAUUUCUGUUGAUAAAGAAGGGCAAAUUUUUGUCCAAGAAACACCCGUUGAUUUAGAAACGCUCGUUCCAAAACUCAAAGCAAUUACGGGUGAGAAGCACGAUUCAAGGUUGUUUGUGCGUGGUGAUCAAAGUUUGACUUAUGGAAAGAUCAUGAAAGUUAUGGGCGCUUUAAAUGAAGCAGGAUUUUCAAAAGUCGCCCUUUUAGCAGAACUCCCUGCACCAAAACAUGCUGUGGGGUAA